CUCAGUACACCCAGUAAACUCAGUCGCUGAGCUGCUUCCUGCAUGUUAAAUAUACCAGCAAUGGAUACGUUUUGUCCUAGUGUUCCACAAACCUCUUUCAAACCCAAAGUUUACAGGAUUCCUGCUCUUUUGUGUGUGGGAGAAACGCUUUUGACCUUUGCUGAGCGGAGAACAGAAAAAGCCGAUCACUGUGCGGAAGAACUGGUUAUGAAAAGGGGAGAGCUGCGGAGGGAAAGCAGCAAAGUCACUGUUGAGUGGACUGAGUACAAAGUAGUGGAAGAGGCACAGAUUGAUGGAUACCGCACCAUGAACCCCUGCCCAGUGUACGACAGCGCAAACAGGAAACUCUUCUUGUUCUUCAUGUGUGUAGAAGGAAACUGCACUGAAUGGUGGCAAAUAGAAAAUUACUGCAACAAAGCCCGCCUCUGCUACAUCACAAGUGAGAAUUGUGGACAAACCUGGAGUGGACUGACUGAAUUGACAGACCGUCUACCUGAGCAUUGUGUCACUUUUGCUGUGGGGCCUGGUCAUGGGCUUCAAACAGAGAAUGGGACACUAAUGGUUCCAGCUUAUGUCUAUGUAGGUGUGAAGCCUGCAAAACCUAUUCCACGUGCUGUCUCCCUGUACAGCAAUGAUUCUGGUAAAAGCUGGCAUUUUGGCUCUUUGCUUGAAGGAAAAUCAAUAGAGUGUCAAAUGGCUGAGGUUUCUGAUGCAAGUGGCAGAUUCAUCUACUGCAAUGCCCGCAAUGAGGGAGGACAUCGGGUGGAAGCCUCUAGUAACAGUGAGGGGCAAAUCUUUACAAUAUAUAAUAAUAAAAAGCUUGUGGAAACAGGUUUUGGCUGCCAGGGAAGUGUGGUCUCCUUCCCAGCUCAAACUGAAGCUGCAGCAGAAGGUGUUGCAACCCAAUGGCUGUUAUACACCCACCCAAGCCAUAAGUGUAAAAGGCGUGAUUUAGGUGUGUUUCUGAACAAAACCCCAUCUGAUCCAAAGGCAUGGAGCGAACCCUGGAUCCUGUAUCACGGACCCAGUGGUUACUCAGACCUGGCUUACCUUGGUGAUGGUUGGUUUGCGUGUCUGUUUGAAUGUGGGAAGAAUCACGAAACUGAGCAGAUAGCUUUAAAAAUCUUUCACUUCACUGAAAUUAAGGUUGACACCAAAGAAAGUCAUUCCUGCCCUUUGCAGGGAUCCACUAUGUCUUUUGGGAGCGAAAUCUUUACUUGCUUUUCCUAAGUGAAUAAAAAUCCUGUAUUGCACUUUAAACAAACUGACGAUUCAUAAAGGCUGAUGUAAAAGAAAUUCUGAGUGCACGAGAUCAUAUUAUAGUAGAUAGAACUUGGGUUCACAGGAAGCCAUAAUUUGCCUGAAAUGUUUUUUUUUCUUUUGGUUUGUAUUGAGCAUUAAGUGUGUCCCGAAUAUUAGAACAUUAGUAUCAUUAGCAUAACAUUAUUACUGCCUUACAGAACCAAAGCCCAUAGCUGAAGACAGUACCAGCAUAUCAAAACAGUUCAGAGAAGCUACGGUUUCACCUCGCCCAGAAAAGAGUAAGUUUAAAUGCUGACUUUACACGGCAGCGGCCACAUUUGAGAAGAAUAUUCUAUCCCUCUGAGCCCAGGAAGCUGCAUUUUAGAAAAAACGGUGUGAGUGUAGGUUGAAAGCCAGUGUUGCUAGUUCUUUCAAGAGAAACAAACAACCAGCUCUAUUACCACUACAGUGUAAAAACUUUAACCGAAAAAGCCCGAAGUCGCUUAUAAUAAGUGGACAUGGCAACGCUGCUGUAAGCCCAGAACACUGUACAGCUUUGCACCACUUUGCGAGCUCCUCACAUGUGAGGACUAAGAUAAGAGAUAAGAUAAGAUAGAACUUUAUUGAUCUCACAAUGGAGAGAUUUACUUGUGACAUCGGCUCUUAUUGGCAACAGAAGGUGCACAAAGGAGGAAAGGUGCAUGAGGUAUAUACGGUACAUCCAGAUAUAUACAGUGGAUGGGAAAAAUAUAUAUAUCAAAAUAUUACAGUUAUUGCACGGUUAUUGCAGUGUACAUGAUUAUUGCACAGGUUAUUGUACAGGUUAUUGCACAGUGUAUCAAAUAGUUAUUGCACAGUGAUUACAGUGUUAUUACGGCAGGUUAAAGUGCAGUGACAUUGUAAAGUUUGAUGGCAGCAGAGAUAAAUGACCUGCGGUAGCGCUCCUCUUUACAGACAGGGUGUAUAAGUCUGUCACUAAAGGAGCUGCUCAGCUCCUCUACAGUCUGGUUCAGGGGGUGAAAGGUGUUGUCCAUGAUGGAUGUAAGCUUGGACAACACCCUCCUCUCGGUUACUUCCUCCACCGAGUCCAGAGUGCCGCCCAGGACAGAAGUGGCCUUCUUCACCAGAACUAAUACACACUCGGACAAUAGAAACUAGCCCAUCAGACCAUCAGCCGGAAAGAUCAGGAAGCAAAAUGGCUAGUGUUGGUGCUAGCUUCUUGGAAAGGGACAGUUUCUUAUUUCUACUGACAAUAAAACAAAUGACCCACCACCCCAGGUAGUGUUGAGCCAGUCCAGCGCUGCGCUGAAGUCCGCCACAAGUGCAGCACAACCCGCGUCCUGUGUGAAAGGUGCACAAGCGUUUCCUGGAGAUCUGUUUACCUGUUUGCCAUCAGGCUCUUUGAGAAACAUGUAAUAAAUAAUGACCUUUUGGGUUACUUCUUGUUGUAACAUCAAUAAAAUCAUUGUUAUAUUAUGUGCACUAUUUCUGAACUGAAAAGUAUCAUUAAAAAUCACUUUCAUCAUUGCUGUCUAAAAA